CAUCUACUUUGUAAGUGCUCGUCUUUUUCUUCUCCCUCCCUCAUCUUCUCGUCAUCUCUAGCAGUCAUUGUGUGCGCGAGCCUUCACUCCAUCAUCACAGCGGCUGAAGAUCAGCGCUCAGUCCCGCUAUGCGCCUGCGCCACUACCUGAUUUCUGGAAUAUAACACUAAAGUUUAGGUUUUGGAAGAUUUCUGCCCGUUUUCUUUUUUAAAGGUAUUUUGAUGUUACCAACAGAAAUCUCAGGAGGAGUGUGUUUUAGCACAAGUCAGCACUCCAAAGAAAGAAGAAACGGAAUGAAAACAGAGGAAAAUCCAUCAUGUCUUCAGCAGGCUCCAUCUGCCACACCUUACGAGCACGUGGGAGGAGGAGAAGUGUGCGCAGGGUGCGAGUCUCCGAUUGCAGACCGCUUCCUCCUGCGCGUGAAUGAACUGUCGUGGCACGAGACGUGCGUCAAGUGCGCGGUGUGUCGCAGCGCGCUGAGCGGAACCUGCUACAGUCGCGACCGUCUGCUUUACUGCAAACACGAUUACGAGAAGUUGUUUGUGAGGAAAUGCAGCGCGUGUCUACAGGCGAUCAGCCGUUCGGAGCUCAUCAUGCGUGUGCUGGGACAGGUGUAUCACCUGGGCUGUUUCAGCUGCUGUGAGUGUGAACGUCGGCUACAGAGAGGUGAUGAGUUUGUGUUGAAGGAGGGACAGCUGCUUUGCCGGGGAGACUAUGAGAAAGAGAGAGAGAUGCUGGCUGCCAUCAGCCCGGCCCCUACUGAGUCAGUAAAGAGUGAGGAUGAAGAUGGUGGUGGCAUCUCUGCCGGGGGAAAAGCUGGGGAUGAUGGGAAAGAGCACAAGAGAUCAAAGAGACCACGUACCAUCCUGACCACACAACAGCGUCGCGCCUUCAAAGCCUCAUUUGAGGUGUCUUCCAAACCCUGCCGAAAGGUGAGAGAAACCCUUGCAGCUGAGACCGGACUGACAGUGAGAGUCGUGCAGGUGUGGUUCCAGAAUCAAAGAGCAAAGAUGAAAAAGAUCGCUCGCAGACAGCAGCAGCAACAGCAGCAGCAGGAACAGGAGCAGAUGGGCGGAGGCAGGAGGGGGCCGAGCAGAGGGGGGCGCCAGAGUAACGAUGACAGCGAGGAUGGCUCCAGCAGUCACGGUCUGGAUGGACUGCUCUCGUAUUCCUCUCUGCCACGCCAGCAACUGUUGGCUUUGGAUCCGAACAUAUAUGCGAGCGAGCAGUUCAGACACGGGCUCACACCGCCACAGCUCGGCCCGGAGCAGAUGCACUCUUAUGACUCAGAGACGGUGUUUCACGACUUGGACAGCGAUGGAAGCCUCAGUCAUCUCGGUGACUGUCUCCUGACGACUGCCGAAGCUGGAGUUCUGGCGGGGCGAAUAGGAAAUCCCAUCGACCGCCUCUACUCAAUGCAAAACUCGUACUUUACCUCGUGACCCCUCGAGUAACCGGGUUUCACGCACCAAAUAGCAACAAACAAAUCGAGUCCCGCUAGAGUACACUGGACACAACUGGAUCACACAAACACAAUAACCCUAUCUUAGCCACCCCCCCAAAAAAAAAUUAGCGGAGAAGUGCACAAAACCUUUGAAAUUAUGCAGGGUCGAGCUAUUUAGGAUACAUUACACAAACAUGCGAACAUCUUUUUUAACAAUAGGGUGUGACAACUAAUCGAAUAUUCAAUGUCGUAAGUCGAUAAUAUUCGAGAAUGAAAAUAAUGUCAUUAUCGAUUAGUUUGGUCUGUGACGUCAUUUGCGUGGUUAUAAAGUCAGAAGCAUCUGCUCCAAACAAAGAUAAAGUCACUUGAAUUAAACUUUUAUUAACAAACUUUGCCCCCUAGCUUCGUCCUGUCAAUCAUCGCGCUGUCUCACAUCGUCAUCAGGGCUCCAGACUGCCCCCAAAUGGUGGCAUUUUGCCCCCAAAAUUUGAGAGUGUGCCACUGAAUUUACCAUCCAGUUGCACAUGUGCGACCAGUAAAUUUGACCUUUUUUUUCCAAAAGUGCACAAUAAAAUGUGACACUGAAUUUGAGACAGCACGUUGUAAUCUAUCAUCAAGUAUUUAUUAGUAAUACAGUGGAAAUUAGUAGAAAUGUGAAUAUUUGGUUAGCAUGUUAAUUUACAGUGUGUGCCCCUAAAUUUUCUGUUUGCGCCCCUAAGAUUUUCAGUUGGGGGCCACUGUGCUCCUAGUGAAAAAGUUAGUCUGGAGCCCUGGUCAUGUAAUGCUUUAUAAACAAGCUUGCACUGUAUGGUGCAGACGUGCAUCUGCGCAGCUCACGUUGUUUUGAUUAUUAUUGACUAUUAUCGAAUAUUCAGUGAGUUAUCUCAGCCCUAUUUAACAGUCAUAUAGUACGCACAUGGCAAAAGUUUUGGUGUUACCUCACCCUUACAACCAAGGAUAUCACACUGACAAGUAAAUUCCACAUAACAUAAUGCCUUUCACGAAUUGCCUUUGCAUUUGCUUUACAAGUACAUCUUGCAUAGGAAUCGGCUCCAAGUACAAACCAAAACGUCUGCCAUGAGAUGUGCAUCAAUAUUUCGUGUAAAGUUCACAAGUUUAUCACGAGAAAAUAUGUUGACAGUUUAUGAAGAAAUGCACUGGAUGUAUCUGGCGUGCACUUAUUUAUCAAUUGAGGCAAACACGCGUGACUGAGGAAUAUUGUACAUUUAUUUACGGACUCAUUUUAACUAUUGGCACUUUCUCAGACACAUAUUGAAGUAUGUAAUAGAAAUGAAAUAUUCAGUUCUUUUAGCAAGCCGUAUUGACUGUGCAUUAUAUAUUUCAAAGACAAUACAAAACAAAAGACACAUAAUCUAAAGCAGAGUAGAUUUGAGAGAGUCUUGUUAGGGUUCA